GGCGCCCCUGUCAGACUGUGGCUGCGGGCGGCGCGGCGCUCCUUGGUCGGCGGGCGCGGAGACUCGAGCGCGGGCACCCCCGGCCCUGGGCUGCAGCGGCCUCCGGCCUCCGCCCUCCAGGACGACAUGGCCCAGGCGGCCGGCGCGCGGGGCUCCGGGGACGGCGAGCUGGGCAAGGCCAGGAGGGUGGCGCUCAUCACCGGCAUCACGGGCCAGGAUGGUUCAUACUUGGCUGAGUUCCUGCUGGAGAAAGGCUACGAGGUCCAUGGAAUUGUGCGGCGAUCCAGUUCAUUCAAUACGGGUCGAAUUGAACAUCUGUAUAAGAACCCCCAGGCUCAUAUCGAAGGAAACAUGAAGUUGCACUAUGGGGAUCUCACUGACAGUACCUGUCUUGUGAAGAUCAUUAAUGAAGUAAAGCCUACGGAGAUCUACAAUCUUGGAGCCCAGAGCCACGUUAAAAUUUCUUUUGAUCUGGCUGAGUAUACUGCGGAUGUUGAUGGAGUUGGCACUUUACGGCUUCUGGAUGCAGUGAAGACCUGUGGCCUUAUCAACUCUGUGAAGUUCUACCAAGCCUCAACAAGUGAACUCUACGGGAAAGUUCAAGAAAUACCCCAGAAGGAGACUACCCCGUUCUAUCCUCGGUCACCGUACGGAGCAGCAAAACUCUACGCCUAUUGGAUUGUGGUGAAUUUCCGGGAGGCCUAUAAUCUCUUUGCAGUGAAUGGCAUUCUCUUCAAUCAUGAGAGUCCUAGAAGAGGAGCUAAUUUUGUUACUCGAAAAAUUAGCAGGUCAGUGGCUAAGAUUUACCUUGGACAACUGGAAUGUUUCAGCUUGGGAAAUCUGGAUGCCAAACGAGAUUGGGGCCAUGCCAAGGACUAUGUAGAGGCUAUGUGGCUGAUGUUGCAGAACGAUGAGCCAGAGGAUUUUGUCAUUGCUACUGGGGAAGUCCAUAGUGUUCGAGAAUUUGUAGAGAAAUCAUUUUUGCACAUUGGAAAAACCAUUGUGUGGGAAGGGAAGAAUGAAAAUGAGGUGGGCAGAUGUAAGGAGACCGGCAAAAUUCACGUGACUGUGGAUCUCAAGUACUAUCGACCAACUGAAGUGGACUUUCUGCAGGGCGACUGCUCCAAAGCGAAACAGAAGCUGAGCUGGAAGCCCCGGGUCGCCUUUGAUGAGCUGGUCCGGGAGAUGGUGGAUGCGGACGUGGAGCUCAUGAGAACCAACCCGAACGCCUGAGGCCCGCCGCGACCCGAGGCCGCGACCCGAGCCCGGAGCGCCCUUCGCCCUUCGCAGCAGGCGGGCGGACCCGCAGGCCUCGGCGACGCCUCCCCCGCCGCGGGGGAUCAGCCAGGUGUCAGCACCGCACUCCCCUGUACUUCAGAUUAUGUCCUUUGACCACGGAAAUCGGGGCCUUUCAAAUUGUUUUUCUCUUUUCUUAUUAAAAAUGGUCUUUCUAUGAACUGGCA